AUGUUUUGCUUUACUUUCCGCCUCUCCCCAUUAAGCCUCCUUCUUCUUCUUCAACGGUAUCAUUCCUGUACGGGGCCAAUCAAGGACGUUCCCCUGCACGAGUUCAUCUCAUAUCGAGGUAAAUCGUCCACACAGUCCUCUCCCGGUUAUUGCUUGGUCGCGUUUGGGUUGCGUGCCCUUGAUCGUCGCCAACCAACCAAACUCCACCCGCCAACUGGUGCCUGUAAUUCCAGCUGCACGUCAAUCCAAUACAUAGCUGAGAGAGAGCCUCGACCGGCACAAAUGAUGUCUCAUAAGUCCGUUUGUUUACAAACGUAUCAUGUUGUUGCAGAUCCCCGCUGCCAAAAGACAAAAGAGAUCUUGCGUGCACCACCAUUGCCUGCGUGCCAAGUUAUGUACUGUGCACGAGGGAGAGGGAGAGAGCAAGAAGAGAGGGAGAGGGGCAAUGGGGCAACAACUAGCAAAAAGGAGCUAAUCUACCGAUCCGGUCCGACCGGAUCCUCUACCUACUUCCUACUUAUCUAUGUCUACCUAUCUAUCUAUCCAGCAGCAAAAGAAACAGAAAGAAACAUGCCCCGCCGACCGACGACGCACACAGUAACAAACGCAUACCGCAAGGAAAUCUCGCAGUACGGACAUAGGGUAUGCGCCGCGCAGCCAACUGUCUCUGAAAAAUGA